AUGUCGAGGGACCAACAAUUGUAUCACAAGCUUCAGAAUCUUGAGGAUCAUCCCGAUGCCAUCGAUCUGGCUCGAGAACGACUGAUUCAACUGCUCGAUGAGUCGGUCCAUGCUGCACAGGAUGAUACCACCUCCCUCCUGGCUAUACCAACAUACUCCAAAGCUUCCCUCCAUGCUCACUUUGACGCUUCUCACGCAGCGACCGGGGACAAAUAUCGAGCCUAUAUUGAGCGAAGAAAAGCCGGUGGACCGAGAGAACUUUAUCCCACACGAGAUCACGCCGUACUCUGGCUUCGACUGGCAGCUUGCGUCAAGUACGUCGACGGAGGAUGGUUAUCCAAUGUCUUGAACAUCGGUACAGCCAGCUCUGCUCGGAGAGCAGCUCGAAUCGCUUGGCAAGUGAUGACCGAGGAAUUUGGUGAUGGUGAUCUCGGUAAAAACCAUGUCUACAUCUAUCACGAGCUGCUCAAGACGCUAGAUGAUGAGGCGAGCCGACCGGGCGACAAGAUUGGCUUUGACGGUUUCAAUGGCCAAGGCGUGGCUCGAUGUUGGAAAGCCGCCGUAGCUCAACAAUGUAUCGGCUUGAUGGCUGGUUCGGAAGAUUUCUUGCCCGAAGCUCUAGGUUUCAACAUGGCUUACGAGACAUUGGCGUACCAUCUCUUGGUGGAAUCAUACGAACUGCGGGAGCUCAAGAUUGACGAUUAUUACUUUGCUCUUCACAUUACGAUUGAUAAUCCGGAUUGUGGACACGCCGCGAUGGGGCUGGAGGCGGUAGACCGGUAUCUGAAGGGUGUGCUGGUGGACAAGGGACCAAAAGAGCAAGACAAAGCGUGGAGGAGAGUGCAAGCUGGAGCCGCUCUUGCAGAUGGUCUGCCGACGACACCUUGGAAUCCGAUAGAGUUUGAAAAGACAAAGGGUGGAACGUGGCGACCAACGCAGGAAAGCCCGACUCCCGCCACGCUCAUCGAAAGUCAAGUAGCCGACCUCUUUCGACGCAAAUCGACAGCUGCGAGUGGACUACACUGCGCCCUGAGGUUGCGACUCCAAGGACGUAGUGUCGAAGAGUGGUUGGAUCCGCGUUCCAUGUCGUCCGCCAAAAUUGUCGAGUUUGUCAGAGCGCUGGCAGGCGCCAGACCGUGGAUUGUUCCAGGUCGACCGGCCAAGAGUCGACUGGUCAAGGAGAUGACGUGGGGAGGGAGGAUGUUUGGAGCCUUUUCGGACAAGGAAGUCGGACUGAUUCGACGAUGGAUCCAGUCAUUGGAUCCUGGUCGUCAUGUUGCAUCCUAUGAACGCCAUGUGGGGUCGAGAUGGCCAACGGACGGGACGACAUGGGACGAGACGAUCCAUAUGGGUCCUCAGCAGUUGGAUAUUGCGACAGAUGAGCGCGUCCAGGCUGCACUGAGUAGAAUGUCAAGCUUCGAAACGGAACCUCUCGCGACUCUGGACAUUGUAGCGACAAUCCAGCUCUCUGAUAACGCUUCUUCUGCCGCUGUAUGGCUCACCCAUCUUUCUCUCUUGGAUCAUUUUGGACUAUCUCCUUCCAAAUUAGCCACCCCCCUGGGCAUGUGCGUCAUGCGUGCCCUUCGUGCUCAAAAUGGUUUCCCAGCAUUACAUGAACGAGAGACGAUCUGUGCGGGUCUGGAAGAAGAGAUGGACGACAAGAUCGGACUCUGGGAUCUGGGUCAGGAGGUCUUUCGACGUUUGACAGGAAAAAAUGGAUCAGUCGCUUUGGAUCAACUAUGGGAUCACUUGGCACCACCGUUGACUGAGACUCUGGAGGACAUGCUAGCUCUCCGAUCUCGGCCGUACAGUUCUAGCGCCUACUUGCUGGGUAUCUCGUACGCUUGCUCAGAUUUGCGUCUGCCGGGCGCUCAUCUCAAUAGAACGGCUGAGAAGAUCCAGUUGGCCAUCCAGCAGAGUGUUCGUUCCGCCAUCGAGGAACAUUUGAAGACCUUGGAGAAGGAAGAUGGAGGACGUUUCUGGCAGGCAUGUAGAUCAACAUGGUCAUCAAUCAAGCAGCUUCUUCGGUAG